GGGUGCGCACGUGGCCGGAGAGCUCCCCAGCUGGCGGCGGCGGCGGUUGUGCGCCGGCCGCUUGGCUUGGAGCUGGAAUUCAAUCCCCAGAACUGGAUCUUUAGGUGCAACGUUGGCGGCCCUGGAUCUAGGGACGCAACUCUUGGGGUCCUCCCACUGCGCCGCCUGGGGAGCCUGCUCCUGCUUCCUUUCCCGGCUAGCUGGCCCCGUCCUCUGAGGCCGUGCGAAUUCCCGCCACCUUCCCUCGCCCCCGGAGCCCUGCCCUCCCCGCCUUCUGUGGCCAAGGCUUCCAGGUGCGGGCCUCGCUCCACAACUCAGGAGGCAGGACCAGCGGCUCCCUUUUACAGGACAGAUGUCCCACGGCUUGCAGAUGGCUGGGCCCCAGGAGACGGUGCUAGCCCUUCCUCUGAGAGAAGGGGUGCAGGCCGCCGCCACCGUGCCCGUCCUCCUGUCCAACCUGGAGGAUGGCUUGUCAGACCAUCCCCUGGACCAGGGGCCCCACUGCCCUGCCCGGCGGCCCUGCAGCCCUGCCUCGGCUCCAGCUCCCACAUCGCCAAAGAAGCCCAAGAUGCAGGAGCCUGGGGAAACGUUUCCCACUGACUGGAGCCCCCCGCCUGUGGAGUUCCUCAACCCGAGGGUGCUGCAGGCCAGUCGGGAGGCCCCGGCCCAGAGGUGGGUGGGUGUGGCGGGCCCCCAGGGCCUGAGGAGACUGGCCAGUGAGCUGCCUGAGGAGUUGGAGCAGGAACACCUGGACUUGGACCCGAAGAGGGACCUGGCCUUGCCAGAGAAGCUGUUCUGGAACACGGCAGGCCCAAGCCAGCAGGCUGCGGCCCCAGAGUUUUCCUGGGGGGGCUCAGGAAGCUACUUCAACAACCUGGACUACUUACUGCAGGAGAAGAGGGAACAGGCCCUGGAGCAGGAGCGAGAGAGGCUGCUUCUGCAGGAGUGUCUCAAUCUCAACUCCUUGGAUCUUGACGAAGAUGAAGUGCUACUCACACCCGAGCACAGGAUGCUGGUGGAAAAGUACUCAGUGUCCCUGCAGACCAUCCCGCCAGUCCAUCCAGGUGAGACUGUGUUUUUGCCCAGGCGUCACCCCCUGCCAUGCAUCCUGGACUCCUCACUCCUGAAGCCACGCAGCCACCUGGAAGGGCUGUUCCUCAGCUCCCCGCCGGCCCAACAGCUCUCCUUCCUGCGCAGCGGCCUCCUGAACACCCUCUACCUGCACAUGCCUGACUGCCCAGUGCCCCUGCUCCAGUGGCUGUUCCAGCUGGUGACGUGGCCUCCAGAAACGUCUUUGGGAGCCUUUGGUCUUCUGUGGGAUCUCAUUGUGGAUGGAAUCUUCCUUCAGCCUGAUGAAGACAAGCACCUGUGGUGCCCCUCACUGCAAGAAGUCAGGGAGGCAUUCCACAGCCUGGGUGCCCACAGUCCUGCCCUGUACCCUCUGGGGCCCCUUUGGCACGGUGGCAGGGUGCUUCCAGGCGAGGCUGGCCUGAGUGAGAAUGAGGAACAGGACGCUCCCCAAGAGGUUGCCUUGGACAUCAGCCUGGGCCACAUCUACAAGUUUCUGGCGCUGUGUGCCCAGGCCCAGCCGGGGGCCUACACUGACGAGAACCUCAUGGGACUGAUUGAGCUGCUGUGCCGCACUGGCCUGGACGUGGGGCUCCGCCUGCUGCCCAAGGUUGACCUCCAGCAGCUUCUCCUCUUGCUCCUGGAGAACAUCCGGGAGUGGCCAGGGAAGCUCCAGGAACUGUGCUGCACCCUGAGCUGGGUGUCUGACCACCACCACAACCUGCUGGCCCUCGUGCAGUUCUUCCCGGACAUGACCUCCCGGAGCAGGCGGCUUCGAAGCCAGCUCAGCCUUGUGGUCAUUGCUCGAAUGCUGGGCCAGCAGGAGACGCUACCUCUCUGGCAAGAGAAGACCCAGCAAUUUGCAGGGCACUGCUGGGCAGGAGUCCCUGAUGGCCAAGUUGCUGGGCUCUGUAUCUCCCGCAAGCUGCAGCAGAGGCCCCAUGGAGCAGGAGCAGAAGCACACGUUGGAGAACUGAACUUGAAGGACAGGACUUACAGCAUUGAGGUCACACAGCUGUCCUCGCUCAGCCGGCUCCUGGGCCUCAUGAGGCCAUCAUCUCUCAGGCAAUACCUGGGCUCUGUGCCCUUGCCACCCUGCCAGGAGCAACAGCCAAAGGCUAGUGCCGAGCUAGACCACAAGGCCUGCUACCUGUGCCACAGCCUGCUGAUGCUGGCUGGGGUGGUUGUCAGCUGCCAGGACAUCACUCCAGACCAGUGGGGCGAGCUGCAGCUGCUGUGCAUGCAGUUGGACCGCCACAUCAACACGCAGAUCCGGGAGAGCCCCCAGGCCAUGCACCACACCAUGCUCAAGGACCUGGCUACCCAGACCUACAUCCGUUGGCAGGAGCUGCUGACCCACUGCCAGCCCCAGGCCCAGUAUUUCAGCCCCUGGAAAGACAUCUAAAGGAACAGGUUCAGGGCAGCCCAGGGCUCCUGGCUCCAGCAGGAAGUGAACAGGCUCAGGGAACUGGAGGAAGCGAAGCAUCAAGGCCAGAGGAGGCCACAUGCUGACCAGCCUGAUGAGGCAAGAGCCUGCCUCUGCCACCACCCCGAUCCCCUCUCCUCUCAGCAAGGGAUGGGCCUCUCUGCCUCGCCCACCCCUCAGCCCUCCUCCCAGCCAUCUCCUCUUCCCUAAGGCCUCUGUCUCCAUAGCUCUGAUUUCCCUGGGCCUCAGUCCUCCCCACCCUCCUUCCUCUCUGUCCCUGUCACUAAUGUGAGGUUUCUUUGUGCACAUUAAAGUCUUCUUUCAGCA